AUGGCUCCUUGGUUUAUUAUUGGUGAUUUCAAUGAGAUUUCCGGGAAUCACGAGAAACGUGGAGGUAAGCUAAGGCAUGCAUCCUCCUUUCUUGCUUUCAACGGAAUGAUUAGGACUUGUGGUUUUAUUGAAUUUCCCCAUAUCGGUGACUGGUUAUCCUGGAGAGGUUGGAGAGAUAAAAAACCCAUCAGAUGUCGGUUAGAUCGUGCACUAGGGAAUGAAGAUUGGCAUGAUAUUUUCUCACAUACGGUAACGGAAUAUUUAGCAAUGAUUGGGUCUGACCAUAAACCACUCCUUUCCACUAUGGUGAAGAAGGUAGGUUCCCGGAAAAAAGCGUUCAUUUUUGAUAAAAGAUGGAUCGGUAAGGAAGGGUUGAAGGAAGCAAUUGAGGAUGGAUGGAAAAGGUCUGGAUAUCAGGAAAAUUUAACUUUUAUGGACAAAGUGGGUAAUUGUAGGAAUGCACUUUCACGAUGGCGGAAAUUACAAGUCCCUUUUGGUCGGGAUUUAAUCGAGGACUUAAAAAGUAAGCUUGCGGUCGCCCAGGGUGAUGAUGGGAGUGAUCCAGAGUUAAUUCAUGACCUUUCAAUGAGAUUAAGGACGGCUUAUCAAGAGGAGGAGGUUUAUUGGCAACAAAAGAGUAGGAAUCGCUGGAUGAGGGUUGGAAAUAGGAAUUCUAAGUUCUUUCAUGCUCAGACAAAGAAUAGACGAGCUAGGAAUAGAAUUAUUGGUUUAUAUAAUAAAGAUGAUGUUUGGCAUACAGAGGAGCGGGAUUUAUACCUUAUAGCGUCGGACUAUUUUUCGGAUUUAUUCAAGUCUUCUAAUCCCCAGGAAAUCGAGGACGCCCUAGGGAAUUUAUCUACGGUAAUAUCGGAAGACGUAAAUACCCAGCUGACAAGACCAGUCACAGAAAAGGAGAUUCGGGAUGCAUUAUUUAUGAUGCAUCCUGAUAAAGUGCCAGGGCCGGAUGGGAUGACUGCUUUGUUUUUCCAACAGGCGUGGGAGGUAAUUAAGAAAGACAUGUUUGGGUUGGUGAAUUCUUUUAUGCAGGAGGGAAUUUUUGAUAGGCGUUUAAGUAAGACGAAUAUAUGUUUAAUACCUAAGGUGGAGAGGCCGACUCGUAUGUCUGAGCUGCGUCCAAUAAGUUUAUGUAACGUUGGCUAUAAGAUCAUUUCGAAAGUCUUAUGUCAGCGGCUUAAAACGGUUGUUCCGAAUAUUAUAUCCGAGACGCAAUCGGCAUUUGUGGCAGGAAGAUUGAUCUCGGAUAAUAUUCUGAUUGCACAGGAAAUGUUUCAUGGUUUACGUACAAAUGCGUCCUGCAAGACUACUUUUAUGGCUAUUAAAACGGAUAUGAGUAAGGCAUAUGAUAGAGUGGAAUGGGUUUUCAUUGAGCGGUUAUUAAGGAAACUUGGCUUUGCAGAUAAGUGGAUAACUUGGGUUAUGUUUUGUGUGACUUCGGUGGAGUAUAGUGUUCUUUUAAAUGGCCAGCCUCACGGAUCCAUUAACCCGGAGAGAGGACUUCGACAGGGGGAUCCUUUAUCGCCAUAUUUAUUUAUUUUAUGUACAGAGGUGUUAAUCAGUAAUAUUCGGAAAGCUGAGCAGGAGAAAUUAAUUACGGGAAUCAAAGUGGCAAAUAAGUGCCCACCUAUUUCCCACCUAUUAUUUGCGGAUGAUAGUUUAUUUUUCUGUAAAACUACAAGGGAGCAAUGUGAGACUAUUUUGAGAAUGUUGAAGAAAUAUGAGAUGGCGUCCGGACAACAAAUAAAUUUUGCGAAGUCUUCCAUCCAAUUUGGUCAUAAAGUGGAAGAGUCGAUUCGACGGGAAAUGCAGGGGAUUAUGGGGAUUACUAAUUUAGGAGGAAUGGGGUCUUAUUUAGGACUUCCGGAGAGUCUAGGAGGGGCCAAAACACGGGUGUUUUCUUUCGUCAGAGAUAAACUAGACAAUCAUAUAAAUGGGUGGUCGACUAAAUUGUUAUCAAAGGGCGGUAAGGAAAUAAUGAUUAAAUCGGUCGCUUCUGCGUUACCAACUUAUGUUAUGUCAUGCUUUAGGUUACCGAAAUCGGUUACAUCCAAACUCACAAGUGCGGUGGCAAAAUAUUGGUGGAGUACAAAUGGUCAUUCAGGGGGGAUGCAUUGGCGGGCCUGGGAGAGAAUGUGCUCUAGUAAAUCUUUAGGCGGGCUCGGGUUUAGGGAUAUCAAUGAUUUUAAUACAGCACUCUUGGCGAAACAGUUAUGGAGACUGAUGGAGUAUCCGGAGUCGCUAUUUGCCAAGGUUUUUAAAAGUCGUUAUUACAGGAAUUCGGGUCCAAUGGACCCCAUAAGAUCGUACUCUCCUUCUUAUGGUUGGAGAAGUAUUAUCUCAGCUAGAUCUCUGGUAAAUCGAGGACUUAUUAAACGGGUUGGAACGGGGGACACCAUCGCAGUGUGGAGAGAUCCUUGGAUUCCAGCUCAAUUCCCGAGACCAGCUAUGUGUAAUGGAUCGUUUAUGGAUCCAUCUCUACAAUUACGUCAUUUUAUUGAUUUUCAUUCAGGAUCAUGGAGGAUUGAGGCUCUUAAAGAUGUUUUUGUGCCAAGCGAUGUGGAGUUGAUAAGUGCCCUACCUAUAGGCCAAACGAAAACGGUAGAUGCGGUCGGAUGGCACUUCACAAAGUCUGGGAAGUAUUCGGUUAAAUCAGGGUAUUAUGUAGCCCGGAUGCCUGACCCUAAAUGCACAAUCGCGCCAGUAUAUGGCCCUGAUAUCUUGAGGCUCCUAACAAGAAUUUGGAAAGUUCGCUGUCCACCUAAGAUACAACAUUUUAUGUGGCAGCUACUCACAGGCUGUAUUUCAGUAUCUGCAAAUCUAAACAGGCGAGGGAUACAUUGUGAUAUUCUAUGUAGUCGAUGUGGUGCUCAGGAGGAGACGGUUAAUCACGCAAUUUUUGAAUGUUCACCAGCUCGACAAUCAUGGGCGCUAGCCCAAGUACCAGUGGGCCCUACUCAUUUUCCGACUACGUCUAUUUAUGCAAAUAUGGACUAUCUUCAGGUUUUAUCGAAUUCGGAUGCGCGUUUUGAUUUCUACCCAUGGUUAUUGUGGUACAUAUGGAAAGCUAGAAAUGGUAAAAUGUUUGAGAAUAUAGAUAAAUGUCCGUUGGAGGUCACUAAACUAGCUAAAGUUGAAGCAAUGGCUUGGAGUGAGGCUCAAGAGGAAGGACAAAGAGAGGUAGUGGAGGCUCAAGGUGCUGGCAGAUGCAUAACCGGAAGACCUACCAUUUUUGCGCCUAUCUCUUUUGGUUAUAGAUGUUUUAUUGAUGGUUCGUGGAAAGAUACGGAUAAGUUUACAGGUAUAGGGUGGUUUUGUCAACAAGCUCAUGAUGGAUCCAGGUUUUUGGGGGCCUCAAACCUCCGACGAAGCCUUUCUCCUCUUCACUCAGAAGUGGAGGCUUUGGUGUGGGCCAUGAGAUGUAUGAUUGGCCACGACUUCAGAGAUGUUGUUUUCUUGACGGACUGUUCCGAUUUGGUGAAGAUGGUGUCUUCUCCUUCAGAGUGGCCGGCAUUCUCUGUGUACCUGAACGAUAUCCAAGCUGAUAGGGAAGAAUUCUCAACUUUUUCUCUUUCUCUCAUCCCAAGGAGUGCAAAUGAUGUUGCGGAUAAUCUGGCCCGGCGAGUACGAGUCUUACCGCAUGCUGCUAAGUUUGUGAACAACUGUCCCCUUCAUUGGCUUUCUUAA